AACACCCGCCCUCUUCUCAACUUUACCUCCACGGAGCUCCGCUACACUGGACAGACGGACCAACAAAUCCGGUAGAAUUAUAAUAUAGUAUUUCAUUUAUCGGUUGUUUUAUUUGUCUGGAGAUGGAGUUGCAGGUUCCACCGAGUGACGGGGGCUACGAGCUGUCCGUGGUUGACAUGCACACGGGCGGCGAGCCGCUGCGGGUCAUCCUGAGCGGGUACCCCGCCGAGAUCCCCGGCGACAACCUGCUGUCAAAGCGGCGUCACGUCAGGGAGAACCUCGACCACCUCCGGCGGGCGUUGAUGUUCGAGCCCCGGGGCCACUACGACAUGUACGGGGCGCUGCUGGUGCCAAGCGAGCUCCCGGAGGCGGACAUAGGGGUGCUGUUCAUGCACAACGAGGGCUACAGCACCAUGUGUGGACACGCCGUCAUCGCGCUGGGACGUUUCGCCCUGGACUACAAGCUGGUGAAAGAGCCACGUUCCCCGGAGACCCAAGUCAACAUCCACUGUCCCUGCGGGCUCGUCAAGGCCUUCGUCGAGUACUCGAACGGGAAGACCGGUGGCGUGAGGUUCCACAGUGUGCCCGCGUUUGCCUUUGCAACAGAUGUCUCAGUGACAGUGGAGGGGUUCGGGGAGGUUGUGGUGGACAUCAGCUAUGGAGGGGCUUUCUAUGCCUUUGUGAGUGCCCAGAGGUUCGGCCUGGACGUGAGUCAAUCCAGGACCCGGGAUCUGGUCGAUGCAGCUACCGCAGUUACAAAGGCUGUGAAGUCCCAGGUGAAACUUCACCAUCCGACCAGUGAAGACCUAGCAUUCCUCUAUGGCACCAUCAUCACCGACGGCAAUGAUGCGUACUCCUCCGAGCCCACAGCCAACAUGUGUGUGUUUGCUGAAGCUCAGGUGGACCGGAGCCCGACUGGUUCUGGGGUCACGGCCCGCAUCGCCAUCCAGCACCACAGGGGUCAGAUCGGUCUGAACCAGACCCGGGCCUUCAGGAGCGGAGCCACGGGGUCAGAGUUCACCGGGAAGGCCGUCCAGGAGACGACGUGUGGAGACUUCAAGGCGGUGGUAGUGGAGGUCGCAGGACGGGCGUUCUACACCGGCGUGUCGCGCUUCGUCCGGGAGAAUGACGACGGGCUCUCCAACGCUUUCCUCCUCAAAUAAUUGUGCCUUUUUUAAAUAAACAUCAACGUCAAAACAUCCUUUUGGACGAGCAGUAAUAUAAGGUCAAGCAGGUCUGCUGAGUUUUGUAUAAAUCUCUGCUUGCGUGUGGCCGAAAUUAACUGGCAGCCGUUUGACCACAAGAGGGCGCCAAAUGGCAAGUUUUCAGAAUAGUCUGUUUCUAGUUUCAGAGGUUUGCGAAAAAAAAAUCCACUGUUAACUCCCAUUUAUUAAGGUUGGGUCAUAGUACAAUGGAAGGCUGUUAAAUUAAAAAAAAUCCAAUGGAGGUUUCUCACAUCCGACAUUUAGCCUUCAACCGAUGAUUUUGCUUCGUUCCUCCAACAAUGAAAAACAUCAGCUGCAUUUGACAUGUUUUAAAGGACAUGGCUUUUCUGUUUUCCCACACUGUAAACCCUGCCAAUAUAUUGAUAACAUACUUUUACUAUCCAAUAACAACUUAAAAGGGGUGAGGAAAUCCAGUGAGGGGGAAGAGCUUGUGUAUUGCAUUGAAUGGGUAGAGUUUAGCAUAGUAAGUAUGAAUGUAUGGAUCUAUGCAUGAGAAACAAGCACGCAACCUUAUAUAAAGAUAUAUGCAUCGUCAUCUAAGACACACAUGAGUGUACACACUUGGUAGAGGAAUUGCAGGUCAGGCCCAGGCCUUAAACGUACCCUUUUAAACAAUUAAUAUCAAUAGAGUUAAGGCCAGCUCUUAACACUAAAAGUUCAAACAUACAGUGAUGAAAUCCAUAAAUGCGGCAUGUCAACAAUUUUUUGAUAGAAAAACUUUCGUUGAGUCUCGUCGCUCUCAAAACUGAACCUCUGGGAUUUCUCGUUGCAAAGCAUGCGAGCGUCAGUUCGCCAGAUCGCCAAGCCAACAGACGUUGUCCCGGGAUACUUCGGAAUCAGUCCUUCUCCGAAAAAAACUCCUCUCGCACCAUUCCGUUGCGUAAUAGCGUCCCCCUUCUCCUCUUUUUUUCUUUCUUUCAAUCUAUCAAAUUUUCACAUACAAAAUGGUCCCCAUAUAUAUAUAUAUUUAUUGGGAAGCAGUCCAUUAUCUGCAAGCGAUCCACCAUAGAUAUAAAACCACACACACGUUAAGAAUUCCAUUAUCGGAGGAUGUACAAUAUCUGGAAGGUUUUUUUCCCCAGCAUCCUCUCCGUGUAGGGGGUACACAACCAGGGCUCGCCCCCUAAUCGGGGACCACAUUCUCCUCCUCUUCCAUCCCUCCUCUGUUCAGCACUGCUAGUAUUCCUCGCAGUAUUCCGCACAGGAACGCUGCAUCGAGGGAAUGUUCAGAGUGUCUCACCGCCGCCCCCCCUUGGUCCAGUUUGGUCAUGACAUCAUUUGGCUUGAGCUCCGUUCAAAUCGUGCUACAAAAAAAAAAAA